CAUGGAGUGGAAGCUAAAGAAGAUGCUGUCGCUUUUACUGGAGCUGAUUAUUUGGUGCUAUAUGGUAAGGCAUAACGUUUUUCAUUUACGCAUGGAAUUUUUCAUUUGUUGUAGUGUAUCUGAAGUUUGUGAGUGAUGCUCUUGCUCUUGGUCAGGUUCAUGGAACUGCAGUGGAGAAUAGAGAAUGCAGGGUGCAGGAGUACAGGGAUGAAGCAGGGGACUGUGUCGCCUGCAGACAGUGUGGAUCUGGACAGGAGCUAUCCAUGGUGAGUAGUCUAUCAAACUUGUUCCAUCCUGUCAAAAUUAUUGAUACAACCAGUCAUGCCAUUGUAAGCAUAUACAGUGGGGAAAAAAAGUAUUUAGUCAGCCACCAAUUGUGCAAGUUCUCCCACUUAAAAAGAUGAGAGAGGCCUGUAAUUUUCAUCAUAGGUACACGUCAACUAUGACAGACAAAUUGAGGAAAAAAAUUCCAGGAAAUCACAUUGUAGGAUUUUUAAUGAAUUUAUUUGCAAAUUAUGGUGGAAAAUAAGUAUUUGGUCACCUACAAACAAGCAAGAUUUCUGGCUCUCACAGACCUGUCCUCCACUCGUUACCUGUAUAAAAGACACUUGUUACCAGUAUAAAAGACACCUGUCCACAACCUCAAACAGUCACACUUCAAACUCCACUAUGGCCAAGACCAAAGAGCUGUCAAAGGACACCAGAAACAAAAUUGUAGACCUGCACCAGGCUGGGAAGACUGAAUCUGCAAUAGGUAAGCAGCUUGGUUUGAAGAAAUCAACUGUGGGAGCAAUUAUUAGGAAAUGGAAGACAUACAAGACCACUGAUAAUCUCCCUCGAUCCCAAGAUCUCACCCCGUGGGGUCAAAAUGAUCACAAGAACGGUGAGCAAAAAUCCCAGAACCACACGGGGGGACCUAGUGAAUGACCUGCAGAGAGCUGGGACCAAAGUAACAAAGCCUACCAUCAGUAACACACUACGCCGCCAGGGACUCAAAUCCUGCAGUGCCAGACGUGUCCCCCUACUUAAGCCAGUACAUGUCCAGGCCCGUCUGAAGUUUGCUAGAGUGCAUUUGGAUGAUCCAGAAGAGGAUUGGGAGAAUGUCAUAUGGUCAGAUGAAACCAAAAUAUAACUUUUUGGUAAAAACUCAACUCGUUGUGUUUGGAGGACAAAGAAUGCUGAGUUGCAUCCAAAGAACACCAUACCUACUGUGAAGCAUGGGGGUGGAAACAUCAUGCUUUGGGGCUGUUUUUCUGCAAAGGGACCAGGACGACUGAUCCGUGUAAAGGAAAGAAUGAAUGGGGCCAUGUAUCGUGAGAUUUUGAGUGAAAACCUCCUUCCAUCAGCAAGGGCAUUGAAGAUGAAACGUGGCUGGGUCUUUCAGCAUGACAAUGAUCCCAAACACACCGCCCGGGCAACGAAGGAGUGGCUUCGUAAGAAGCAUUUCAAGGUCCUGGAGUGGCCUAGCCAGUAUCCAGAUCUCAACCCCAGAGAAAAUCUUUGGAGGGAGUUGAAAGUCUGUGUUGCCCAGCGACAGCCCCAAAACAUCACUGCUCUAGAGGAGAUCUGCAUGGAGGAAUGGGCCAAAAUACCAGCAACAGUGUGUGAAAACCUUGUGAAGACUUACAGAAAACGUUUGACCUGUGUCAUUGCCAACAAAGGGUAUAUAACAAAGUAUUGAGAAACUUUUGUUAUUGACCAAAUACUUAUUUUCCACCAUAAUUUGCAAAUAAAUUCAUUAAAAAUCCUACAAUGUGAUUUUCUGGAUUUUUUUCCCUCAUUUUGUCUGUCAUAGUUGAUGUGUACCUAUGAUGAAAAUUACAGGCCUCUCUCAUCUUUUUAAGUGGGAGAACUUGCACAAUUGGUGGCUGACUAAAUACUUUUUUCCCACACUGUAAUUAAUUGCGCGCCGCAGGUAGACUAGCGGUUAUGAGCGUUUGGCCAGUAACCGAAAGGUCCCCCUAAAAUAUAAAAAUAAUAAAAAAUAAUUAAAAGUAACCGAAAGGUCGCUGGUUCGAAACUCCGAGCCGACUAGGUGAAACAUCUGUCGAUCUGCCCUUGAGCAAGGCACUUAACCCUAAUUGCUCCUGUAAGUCGCUCUGGAUAAGAGCGUCUGCUAAAUGACUAAAAUGUAAUGUAUUUCCUAUUACAUACUUUGUUGACUUAUGAAACGUUUUACACCUAAAUGUAAAAUUGUGCCAAGUAUUCAAACUAUCUUACUGGCUCACAGCCUCACAGUAUGCACUUUUCUACCAGAAAUAUAAAUGUCAAUCAGACACAGGUGGUUUGAACUCCUGGCAGUCAGACCAGCACAAAGUAGCUUCUCAAGUGUUGAUAGUCACUUGCCAAGCCAUCCAGUUCCAUUGAAUGAUCUGAGGACCCCCAGAAUAUGGGAAAGUUUGUAACUUGCCUCUCUAUGCAAGUUGUCUUUUUCUCUCUCAGCCACUGUCAGGGACCUCUGCUUGCCGUUUCUCCACAAACUGCCAACCCCCACCACACCUCCUCACCAUCAACUGGGUCUCCUGUGUGUGUGUUAAUCCCCUCAGGAAUGUGGCUUUGGCUACGGGGCGGGUGCCCGCUGUGCGCCCUGCAGACCUGGCUGCUACAAAGAGGCGGCAGGAGGGCAGAAAUGCAAGCCGUGUCUAUCAUGUGCCCACACCAGCCGCCUCCAGAGAGCCAAUUGCACCGCCACAGGCAACACCGUGUGUGGAGACUGUCUGCCCGGGUGAGGACAGCUGCUGUCUCAUCCUCCCCAUUAUCUCCAUAGUGUGAAUCCAUUUUCUACCACAUUUGCUGUUGUUGUUAUAUUACAGGUUCUAUAGGAAAACCAAGCUGAGUGGGUUUCAGGACAUGGACUGUGUACCCUGUGGAGACCCUCCUCGUGCCUAUGAGCCUCUCUGUGAGUAGGCCUUUUCAUUAAUGCAAAUGAUCUAUGCACUCACUGGACUCUACCCACACACUCACACAUACUACACUGACACACACGCAUAUUGAUGCUACACUGAAAUAUACACACUUUCACAGACACUUCUGCUACUCUGUUUAUUAUCUAUCCUGAUUGCAUAGUCACUUUUACCUCUACCUACAUAUUACCUCAACUAAAACGCAGUGGUGUAAAGUACUUAAGUAAAAAUACUUAAAAGUACUACUUAAGUAGUUUUUUGGGGUAUCUGUACUUUACUUUUUAUAUUUUUGACUACUUUUACUUUUACUUCACUACAUUCCUAAAGAAAAUGAUGUACUUUUUACUCCAUACAUUUUCCCUGACACCCAAAAGUACUCGUUACAUUUUGAAUGCUUAGCAGAACAGGAAAAUAUUAUAAUUGACACACUUUUCAAGAGAACAUACCUGGUCAUCCCUACUGCCUCUGAUCUGGCAGACUCACUAAACACAUGCUUCGUUUGUAAAUUAUGUCUGAGUGUUGGAGCGUGCCCCUGGCUAUCCGUAAAUUUAAAAAACAAGAAAAUGGUGCCGUCUGGUUGGCUUAAUAUAAGGAAUUUGAAAUGAUUUAUACUUACUUUUGAUACUUAAGUAUAUUUGAGCAAUUAUAUUUACUUUUGAUACUUAAGUAUAUUUAAAACCAAAAACAUUUAGACUUUUACUCAAGUAGGAUUUUACUGGGUGACUAUCACUUGUACUUGAGUCAUUUUCUAUUAAGGUAUCUUUAUUUUUACUCAAGUAUGACAAUUGGGUACUUUUUCCACCACUGCUACCUUGUACCCCUGCACAUUGACUCGGUACUGGUACUCCUUGUAUAUAGCCUCGUUAUUGUUAUUUUAUUAUGUUACUAUUUCCUUUUUUUCCCUCUUAUUUACUCAUACUUAUUUUCUUACUUUUUAACUCUGCAUUGUUUGGAAAGGUCUCAUAAGUAAGCAUUUCAGGGUAAAGUCUACAGCUGUUAUAUUCAGUGCAUGUGAAAAAUAAAAAUGUAUUUGAUUUUGAUCUCCCAUAGGCAAGAUUGUGCUUCAGUCCAUGUAGGGUGCAUCCCUACUAUAUGCACAGUUAAUGUUACUGUACCACUUUUAGACUAAUUUAAGAAAAUAUUUCCAGGGAAUAUGUGAAAUGUGCUUUACCGAUGUCUGUCUGUUUAACCAUCUUUUUGGGAUUGUUUGCCCACACAUAUCCACUAUGUUCCAGCCUCAAAUGAAAUUCUUGGAAGAUCAAAUCAUGCCUACCACUAUUUUGUAGUAGAGUGUGAGCUAGCUGGCUGUUGAACCUCCGUCUCUCUCUGUGUUUAACUUGGCAGUCAAAUGGGGUUGAAAUAAGAACACAUUUCCCAGAUGUUAGAACCUACUGUUAGAUGUUAGGUAUGGAAAAAUACUCUCGGUAUUGAAGCACACUUUGAUACCAUAAAAGUUAUAUUCAAAUGUAAAAUACUAAUUUAGAUGAUUUUGAGAUUCCAAAAGCGUAUUUUAAGUUCAUCUGAGACCAGUGUUUUAUAUUGCCCACUUCACUCUUGUAGAUGAAAUGUGAAAUUCUUAUGAGACAAAUAGGUUGUUGUAUCCCAGAGUGACAGUGCUCUCCAAGUGUCUUCUCCCUACCUCUCACUACAUGCCUCCAGUUGUGAUGGAGCAACAUUUCAUUCAUAGUGACUUUUGUAAAACAAGCACCUUUUACGUUUUUUCAAGCCUAAUUUCUCAAGAAAGUGAUAGCUUGGAAGUACAAACUACGGUAAGAUCCUUCAGUUGAAAGGAUAUGCAAGAACUUACUUGUGCUGGUCUACACUUUCUUUUUGAUUCCCUGACACCUUUUAGACAUCCUUGUUCUGGUGUUUCAGUUUGAUAAUGCCCCAGGGGUAUGUACGGUUUGGUUAUCAAACCAAAGGGUUUUGGCACAGAACAGUGUUAUGAUUAGAUCAGCAUGUGCACUUCUUUCAGUGGGUUGUCCUCUAUCUGAACUGAUAAGCAGGAAAGAUUUGGGGAGACACAAAGACAACCAGACUCAGCACACAAAGACAACCAGACUCAAUGUGCUGCAUCUUUGGCUUUGAGAAGCCACUACUAAAGAGGACAUAUGAGAUAGCAUUCACUGCCUCACUGAAAAACAAAAUAUACACACACAGUAGCCUACAAACACAUGUACACUCACAGACACUGCACCCACACUCAAAUACAAAUCUGAAUUAUCCCACACUUAAAAAGACAUCUGCAUGGUCUUGUUUUGACAUACAGUGGGGGGUAUUUAGUCAGCCACCAAUUGUGCAAGUUCUCCCACUUAAAAAGAUGAGAGAGGCCUGUAAUUUUCAUCAUAGGUACACGUCAACUAUGACAGUCAAAUUGAGAAUUUUUUUUCCAGAAAAUCACAUUGUAGGAUUUUUAAUGAAUUUAUUUGCAAAUUAUGGUGGAAAAUAAGUAUUUGGUCACCUACAAACAAGCAAGAUUUCUGGCUCUCACAGACCUGUAACUUCUUCUUUAAGAGGCUCAUCUGUCCUCCACUCAUUACCUGUAUUAAUGGCACCUGUUUGAACUUGUUAUCAGUAUAAAAGACACCUGUCCACAACCUCAAACAGUCACACUCCAAACUCCACUAUGGCCAAGACCAAAGAGCUGUCAACGGACACCAGAAACAAAAUUGUAGACCUGCACCAGGCUGGGAAGACUGAAUCUGCAAUAGGUAAGCAGCUUGGUUUGAAGAAAUCAACUGUGGGAGCAAUUAUUAGGAAAUGGAAGACAUACAAGACCACUGAUAAUCUCCCUCGAUCUGGGGCUCCACGCAAGAUCUCACCCCGUGGGGUCAAAAUGAUCACAAGAACGGUGAGCAAAAAUCCCAGAACCACACGGGGGGACCUAGUGAAUGACCUGCAGAGAGCUGGGACCAAAGUAACAAAGCCUACCAUCAGUAACACACUACGCCGCCAGGGACUCAAAUCCUGCAGUGCCAGACGUGUUCCCCUGCUUAAGCCAGUACAUGUCCAGGCCCGUCUGAAGUUUGCUAGAGUGCAUUUGGAUGAUCCAGAAGAGGAUUGGGAGAAUGUCAUAUGGUCAGAUGAAACCAAAAUAGAACUCUUUGGUAAAAACUCAACUCGUCGUGUUUGGAGGACAAAGAAUGCUGUGUUGCAUCCAAAGAACACCAUACCUACUGUGAAGCAUGGGGGUGGAAACAUCAUGCUUUGGGGCUGUUUUUCUGCAAAGGGACCAGGACGACUGAUCCGUGUAAAGGAAAGAAUGAAUGGGGCCAUGUAUCGUGAGAUUUUGAAUGAAAACCUCCUUCCAUCAGCAAGGGCAUUGAAGAUGAAACGUGGCUGUGUCUUUCAGCAUGACAAUGAUCCCAAACACACCGCCCGGGCAACGAAGGAGUGGCUUCGUAAGAAGCAUUUCAAGGUCCUGGAGUGGCCUAGCCAGUCUCCAGAUCUCAAUCCCAUAGAAAAUCUUUGGAGGGAGUUGAAAGUCCGUGUUGCCCAGCGACAGCCCCAAAACAUCACUGCUCUAGAAGAGAUCUGCAUGGAGGAAUGGGACAAAAUACCAGCAACAGUGUGUGAAAACCUUGUGAAGACUUACAGAAAACGUUUGACCUGUGUCAUUGGCAACAAAGGGUAUAUAACAAAGUAUUGAGAAACUUUUGUUAUUGGCCAAAUACUUAUUUUCCACCAUAAUUUGCAAAUAAAUUCAUUAAAAAUCCUACAAUGUGAUUUUCUGGAUUUUUGUUUCUUUGUCUGUCAUAGUUGACGUGUACCUAUGAUGAAAAUUACAGGCCUCUCUCAUCUUUUUAAGUGGGAGAACUUGCACAAUUGGUGGCUGACUAAAGACUUUUUUUCCCCACUGUACUUUGAGAAAGUGGGUGUCAAAACUGUUCUAAUAUGAAAUGCAUGUUUGUGGGUUUGCAGUAUUGCACCUAAGGAUAAAGAGCUAUAGUGAUGUUUGUUCGCAUGCGUGUGUGUAUAUGCAUGUUUACUAUGUAGGCAGUAGCAGGGUGAACCUGGUGCCCCUUUCGUCCGUGGUGGCAAGCCCCAGGGACACUGUCCUGGCUGUAGUCAUCUGCAUCUCUCUGGCUUCUGUCCUACUGGCCCUAAUGCUUUUCUGUGCCAUCUACUGCAAAAGACAGCUGGAGAAGAAACCUCAUGGUAACCCUGCCUCAAUCACAGAUUCUCACUCAUCCCCCUUGUGCCUACUAAGAUUGUAAUCAUGUGAAACAAUGUUUAAUGCCGAUAUUAUGCUGUAUUUAUACCAUGUCAAAUAUUUAUUGAUAUAAACUCUUGUGUUAAUGUAAAAAGUAAAUACAACUUUUGUUUUGCACUAAUCAGAGCCAUGCCAGGGUGGUAGCUGCUAUGACGCAGAGUUCCCCAGCUUUGAGCACAUUCAGGUCCAUCAGAUACCACAUCAGACCACCUCUAACUGCUACCAUGGCACGGGCAUAACUUGUGGUAUGUUGUUAUGUUACCCUGGGCUUGCAAAUAACCUUUUCAUGUCAUUCUUUACCAAUAUGCACAUGGGGCCAAAUCCACACUUGAGAGUAGUGCAUAACUUGAAUUUCUGCACUUGACAUGCCCCAUCAACAUCUAUAAAACUGCAUUUUUCUGUCCUUAGGUCCAGCGAAGCUGUUCCCCUAUCAGUUCUCUGAGGAACCUUGCAGCAUGGAGCACAGCAGUGGCUUCCAUCUACACUGUUCUCAGAACAGCAAUGGAAUGGCCACAUAUCCUGCCUGGGAGUCACAGAUAAGACCACUAGAGAACACACUGCCCAGGGAGGUGAACCAUGACCUCUACCAAACUGACCUGGAAGUGUCUGAUGAGGAACUUUCCUUAGAGGAUGAUGGAACAUUGACAGAAGAGAAGACAUGGACCCAUGCUGUAUCAAACUAAAGAUCUGGGAUUCACUAAACUGUACUGUGUAGGCCUUAAAGCAGGGACCAUUUCUUCAUGAGAAUAACCUUUGAUAUGUUGACUGUCAUCAUAACAGACUUGUGGUUAUGUGAAAGACAUUGCAAUUGCUGACAGAAACUUGACUUGCUGGUUUCAAAGCCAUUCAAACCAGUAUUUUCUGCUUCUGUUAUUUUCCUGAGCUCAUUUCAUUGCCAUUACCAAAUACGUGUGGGCUGAGGUCUGAUAUAGUACAAGUUUAAAUUUGACCAAUUAUCUUGGAAUUUGUAUUAAAACAUUAAUACAUUUAGAAAAAUCUUGUAAUUUACAGUCACAUGCAAAAUUAUUGGCACCCUUGAUAA